GCCGCGUGUAACCCUUGGGUAAUAUUAAUAAUGCGGACAUAUGCGUAUUCUGCCUAUAAAUCCACCGGUGCCGCCCACACGCGAUGUUUCUAUCUUUCUGACAAGAGUAUCAUUUAUCUGGAAUUUAUCCAUAUCGCUCGACAUGAUGGGUUGGUACUACUCCCAGCUCUUUGUUACACCACCCUAUCCGACGAAAUCAUUCAGCGAGCAGACAGUCAUUGUAACGGGGUCGAACGUAGGCUUAGGCUACGAGGCGGCGCAACACUUUGUUCGCUUAGGGGCAGCCAAAGUGAUCAUUGCGGUACGCAAUGUUGCAGCUGGAGAGAAGGCCAAACAGUCGAUUGAAGCGGCUGUUCAGCGUACCGGCGUGUGUGAGGUCUGGGAGCUGGACCUAGCCUCCUUCAGUUCUGUGAAGGCCUUCGGCGCCCGAGCUGCCCAACUCCCCCGCCUAGACAUCGUGGUCGAAAACGCGGCGCUGGCAGUCAGCGAUUUUCGCUUGAUCGAGGGCCAUGAGCGGCAGAUCACCAUCAAUGUCAUCAGUACCAUUCUCCUAGCGCUCCUCCUUUUGCCGAAGAUUCAGGAGACGGCGCGACGGUUCCCGGCAGCAGAAGGUCAUAUCACUAUUGUUAGUAGUGAGGUUCAUGCCUGGACAAGCUUUCCCGAGUGGAAGGCCCCUAACACCUUCGCCGCGCUUAACGAUGCCGAGAAGACUAACAUGGCCGAGCGUUAUGGAACGUCAAAACUACUGGAGAUCCUGGCAGUCCGGGAGAUUGCGCCCCGGAUCGCGAACAGCGGAGUGAUCAUCAACCUUGUCAACCCAGGUCUAUGCCACUCGGCCUUGGCUCGACACUCAGGAUGGGGCCUGUGGCUCCUGAAACAGGUCUUCGCCCGAUCUACGGAAGUCGGUAGCCGCACACUGAUGGCCGGAGCAACAGCUGGACAGGACAGCCAUGGUGCUUUCAUGUCAGACGGACAUGUCGCCAAUGACGAACUAUCGGCGUUCGUAAGGAGUGAUGAGGGAUUGCAAGCGCAGAAAAAGGUGUGGAGGGAGCUGGGUGAGAUACUGGAGCAGAUCUACCCAGGCAUCCUCAACGUGCUGCCAAGCUGACUGAUUCAUAACGCCAAAUAACUCUGAUCUUGUUCCUUAUUAAUGGGCGUCUGCUUUCGUAAUAUGGUUGUCCAAGCUUUGAUAUCCACGAUCUACACCGUAAGCACUUUCUAUUAGGGACUCUUCUUACUAAAUAUUAUUUCCGAAAUAUCUUGACGUCGUAAUGCACUAUUGAAUUCUAGUCAAUUUGCUAUUGAGGAGUUUUAUCACUCUGAAAGAGGACCUAAGCAGAAUGGGUUUCCCCCCACAUACUAAUUCCGAGAGAUAUGGUGCAUUAAUUGUAUAAUCAUUCU